GCGGGCGCGGGGAGGCCUGUGAGGGCCGCUGCCCGAGCGCCCAGCCUCCCGCGCCAUGGCCCCUAUGGGCAUCCGCCUGUCCCCGCUGGGGGUGGCCGUGUUUUGCCUGCUGGGGCUCGGCGUGCUCUACCACCUCUAUUCGGGCUUCCUGGCCGGCCGCUUCAGCCUCUUCGGCCUGGGCGGCGAGCCGGGCGGUGGCGCGGCGGGCCCCGCUGCCGCGGCCGACGGGGGCGCCGUGGACUUGCGCGAGAUGCUGGCUGUGGCCGUGCUGGCCGCCGUGCGCGGCGGCGACGAGGUGAGGCGAGUCCGAGAGAGCAACGUUCUCCACGAGAAGUCCAAGGGGAAGACGCGCGAAGGAGCCGAGGACAAGAUGACCAGCGGCGACGUACUGUCCAACCGCAAGAUGUUCUACCUGCUCAAGACCGCCUUCCCCAGCGUGCAGAUAAAUACUGAGGAACAUGUGGAUGCAGCUGAUCAAGAGGUUAUCCUAUGGGAUCAUAAGAUUCCUGAGGAUAUCCUGAAGGAAGUGUCUGCCCCUAAAGAGGUACCAGCAGAAAGCGUUACUGUCUGGAUUGACCCACUUGAUGCUACACAGGAAUAUACAGAGGAUCUUCGAAAGUACGUCACUACCAUGGUGUGUGUGGCUGUAAAUGGUAAACCUGUGCUAGGAGUUAUACAUAAGCCAUUUUCUGAAUAUACAGCUUGGGCGAUGGUAGACGGUGGUUCAAAUGUGAAAGCCCGCCCUUCCUACAAUGAGAAGACCCCAAAGAUCGUUGUGUCUCGCUCCCAUUCAGGGAUGGUCAAACAGGUUGCUCUUCAGACUUUUGGAAACCAGAGUACAAUUAUCCCAGCUGGUGGUGCUGGUUAUAAAGUUUUAGCACUCUUGGAUGUGCCUGAUAAGAGUCAAGAAAAAGCUGAUUUGUACAUCCAUGUGACAUACAUCAAAAAGUGGGAUAUAUGUGCUGGCAAUGCCAUCUUAAGAGCCCUGGGGGGACAUAUGACUACUCUGAGUGGUGAAGAAAUCAGUUAUACUGGUUCAGACGGCAUCGAAGGGGGACUCCUCGCUAGUAUCGGAAUGAACCACCAAGCUCUGGUCAGAAAACUCCCCGAUCUAGAAAAGACAGGACAUAAAUAAGCGUAACUGAUUACAGGGUGCCACUCUUCCAGAGCUGAAAUGGUUAGCCUGAAAUGCUGGAAGCUUCAAAGGAUUGGUGGAGACUAUGCACGGUUAAGGCCAUUCCAAACUUUUUAAAGUAUUUAUGAAGCAUCAGAGACUUAUUUUCCCUAUAAUAGGAUACAAAAUGGGGGAAAAUGGGUUGCUUCGUGUCUCAAGUAUUGUCUUUAUUUUUGAGACUAUUUUCGUACAGUUGUCAUACACAGGCGCAUAUAUAUAUUUGUGAAUUAAAAUCUAUAGCCAAGUCUACACUGUUAUGAGUUACCAUUUUCACACAACAUCAUGAAUCUUCACUAUUAGUACUUUCAUAUGAAUUGGGCUGAAGGAAGGAUUGAUUUUGUGUAAAUGUUUAACUUUAUAAUUGUAUCUCAUUGAAAAUAAAGUAAUUAGGGAUUUUUACCUUUAGUUUGGAUGGAAAGCACAAGAAGCCACACAUUUAUUAAUGUACAACACAGAUUGUAUUUAUGUUACUGAAUAUUUUAUGUAUUGAAAUAGAAAAGACUUAAAUUGGUUUUUUUUUUGGAAAAUUUAAUAAUAGCUUCACCAGCUAGUAGAAAAUAUAUAAGUUUACUUGUACUCAUAAUUUCUGUAUGUAUGUGUGUGUGUGCAUUUUGUUUUUAUAAAAAUUGUGUUUGUGCCCAGUGGUUCAACAUUUCUGCCAUCUUGCUAUUGAUUUUCAUUUUCCCUGUAGAAGAAGCAUGGUUCCAUCCUUUCUCUUCUCACCAACAUUUUAGUCUUUAACUUGUGAGGUUUGGUUUAAGGUUUCAAGUUUAGCACUAUGAUUUUGGUACAUUUUUCAUUUGGGAUAAAAUAUGCUAUAAGACAACUAUAAGAAUAUAAAUGAUUCUAUUAUAAUUGAAAGUUACUUGACAUUAUAUGAAUUGAACUAGCUUUCAUUAUUUUCAAAAACUUUGUUUUGGUAAUUUUUUAAAAUGUGCUAGGUUUGUAUGUAGAAGAUUUUCUCAUCAAGAAUGAGUAUGGUUGCUCAUAUUUUGCCAUGAUUGCUUUUACUAUUAUUAAUAAUAAACGUAUCUAACCAUACCAAACUAUUAAAGUAGUAACUUUGAGAUACUCUAUAUUCCCUUCAGAUUAAAAUAAUGAAGGUUAAAAUUACUUUUUGAUGAAAUUUUUUGUAUUCAGCCUCAGAAUCUGGUUGGAAAAAAGGUUGUGACAUAUUUAUUGUGUCACCAUAACUAGAAUCUUGCUUUGUGAACUAUCUUUUGUUGGGAUGUGUGGUUUCUCUCUGUGUGAUAUCUGGAAACUUCAUGUAAGCAAUCACAUUAUUUCAUAUGACUUCAGUGCCCUUGUAUUCCAUAGCACACUACAGAGAGAGGUUUCUCAUGGUCUUGAUGUCUCUGCCUCUCUCUCUUUCUCUGUCUCUCUCCCUAGCCCUCCACCCCAUUCAUUUUCCUAUCUUGGAGGUAAAAUUCACCAAAGAAUGCACAUUCUAGCAUGGUAGGAUGCACAUACUUUAGAUUUGUAUGUUACAUUGUCCAGAGCCUUUAAAUGCAUCAUUAGUAAACUGAAUCUAGUAUGAUACAGAAAUUUUCACCCAAUCUCUAGCAACUGGUCACAAACUUGGUAAGGUACUCAGUCUCAUUAGAUAGGCUUUUUGUUCAGUGAAAAUGUUUUCAAAGUUUUGGUAGUUGGAACACUUGAUAUUUAAACAGGACUUGGGAAUUUUGAAAAUAAUAUUAGAAACCUCAUCUUUUUUACUUUGCAAUAAGAUGAGGCAAUCUUUUAUUCCUCAGGAGAGAUGGCAAAGGCAUAUGCUGUUGCCAGAGUCCUGUGGUAUAAGCAUUUGUUUUAAUUGUAGCAUGUCAAGAGUUAGAGAAAUGGGGCUGGCAAGUAGAAAAUGGAAUUUAAUUGAAUUUUUUCAAUAUUAUUUGGAAAAUGUAUGAUUUUGUGGAAACAAAACCAUAUUAGCAAGCAUGAUUCCUUUAGUUUAAUUUUAUUAAUCUGAAUAUAUAGAUAACGACUUUGUGAAGAAUGUGUAUUGUGUGUAAAAAUUAAGAUAUUGGCCAAGAGUUAAAUAUAUUAUUUUUCUAAUUUGUCAGGUGUAGUCUAGUUACUAAUUUUAAGUGCUUUUAUAGAAAGUUCAUUAUUUAAAAUUUUGUUUCUAAAAGCCAAUAUACAUUGCAGAACUAGUAUAAGUACAAGGAACAGUAUUUAUAUUUAUUUAUAUGAGACAUUAUUGUGCCAGAGCAUAGCAGUAAAACACCUGAACGAGGCAUAUAAUAUUUCCCAGAAUUAUACAAAAUUUCUAAAUUAUAGCAAAAUAAGUAUAGCUUAUUUUUAGUGAUCUAUACCUCCCCAACUCCUCGCCUUCUCUUUCUUCAUCUUUGCCCUUAUUUAAAGGAUAAUUUUCUCUUAAAAUUGAGUUUUAUGUGUCAUAUUUAGUAGAAGUAGGGACAUCCAUAAUCUCAGUGGCCAUCAGCUGUCUCCCGGCCAUGUCCUUUGCCCUGUGACCAUCUCCCCUGCCUGUUAAUGUUUCCUUCUAUCUCUGCUUCUCCUUCUCAGCCAGUAUACCUCCCCAGAUGCUUUUAUGUACACAUUUCUCUCUAGAUUGGCUGCUGAAACCCAUCUCUCAAGAAUGUAAAUGUAUUUAUAGAAAAUACAAGAGAGCUGAGUGGAUAAGCCUGCUUGAGCACAUUUGCUUUUCCUGGUUUCCUGCUUGUAUCCCCCAUUGCAUUUGAAUGUACAAGGGCCUUUGAGACGGUCAUAUUUGUCUUUGGUAUGUGAUUGCCUCCCUACCCCAAUUUUAGUGUUUCUUGAUUUUUAAAUCAAUAAUAUUCAGAUGACUUGUUUUUGACUAUAAGGAAGUAACAAGAGCAUUUUGGUUUAUAUGUUUUAAGUAACAAUUGUACAAAUUCUUUCUGUUUGCUGGGUGCUCCCUUUGGGUAUUUUGUAAAUGGUGGCAGAGGAGGUGGGGCAAGGUGGUGGCUAAGAAGAAUGUGGGAAGGAAGAUGCGGGGGAGCUGAGGGGAAGGUAACAGGGAAGAUGCAAAGCACACUUCUGCCCUGACCCUCAGGAUCAAGAACUCUGCCCUGGUCUCUGAUAUUGAACUCAAACAUUGGAUUUCAUUCAGGCUUUGAAGGUGACAGCUACGUCUGAAAGCCCGAGCAUAAGUAAAGAAAGGUGGAGUGCACCACAGAAAGGAAAAUAUUUAGCUUCCCCUCCUGGAUCACACUUUGAAGAUGGCCUUCUGGAGACAAUCUGACAGGUUAAAACAGGAAGUGUUGGGAUUAUUCUAGCUGCAACUACCUUUCUUGGCUAUGUGUUGACUGGUCCUAGAUAGAAACAGUGAUUUUUCAUUUUCGAUCUUGGUUGAAUUAAAGAUGUAUUUAAUUAUAUGUCUACAAAAAGUCUGUCUUUUAACUGUUGUGUAAAAUAAACCUAAACUAUGGUUUCAUUUUUA